GGAUUGAUGAGUGCCUCACCGACUGAGGCAGCGCCGUGCGGCCGGUACCGGGCUGACCCUACCGGUACCGCGCUCACCCUGCCGGUACCGGGCUGGCCCUGCCGAUGCCUGACCGUGCGCAUCGGGACGCUCCGGUCUUCAGUACCGGCGGCUGAGGCAACGUCCAACCCAGCUGCCGCCCAAUGGCUGCGCCUGUUAUUUUGCCGGCAGGCGCCCAAUCACAGCCGAGCUCUCAGAGCCGCCGGUCGCGUCCUUUGAUUAAGGUGGCGCCGAGGAGUUUCCGUGCGCAUGCACCUUAAGGUGGCGGCGGCGGCGGGGACGACCCCACCGGGGUCCGGUGCGAGGGGGACGGGACGGGGGAUGUGCCCCGCCGGGUGAGCGGGGGGUUCGGCCGCUGUGCGUGGAACCCCGGGCCGGGAAACGUCCCCUCCUCUCCACAGCACCGAGGCUCCGGGAGCGACACAGCCCCGCCCGCAAGGAGCGGCGGAACCCGGCUCCUCCCCGCGACCCUGCGACGGGUUCGGCCCCGAGGCCACGCCCGGCAUCCCCCCCGGCAGCCAUUCCCCGGUGGCAACCGCUGCCUGAACCCGGAGUGACAGGGCUGGCGGCAAAUCGCAGGGGCCGGGCAAGGAGCGAAGGCGACGCUGGGCCGAGCCCCGGAGUUGGGGGCCGAAGGUGCGGGUGAUGGGGGCCGAGCGGCGGGGGCGGAGCGCGGGGGCCGCUCCCUGAGGGAGGAGGAGGAGCAUCACCUUGGAGGAAUUGCUGCCCCACUGAUGGGCUGGAAAUACUGUCUCAUCUAAACUGCCAGCAGUGCUUGUCCUGUCUCAGUGCAGCCUGCUGGGGGGAGAAAAGCAGCAGGCAGGCUACAGAGAAUGUUUUUUUUGUGCUUCACUGAACAGACAAAAGGAAAUGGAUAUGAAGAAGUGCUACCAAGUUUCAGAUGAGGUGGAUGCAGCAGGGUUCAGGUCUCUUUAAAAAGAAGUUUCAGCAUCAAAGAAAAGCAAACACGCCAAUCAACCAAAAUGGAAGGAGGCAACAGUCCAAAUCUGCAACUUCAGCAGCUGCCAUUGGCCACAGCAGCAGUUUCUGUGCAGCCACACACCGACUCCUUUUCUUACAAGGAGAACUUGAUUGGUGCAUUACUGGCUAUUUUUGGCCAUCUUGUUAUCAGUAUUGCACUCAACCUCCAGAAAUACAGCCACAUCCGACUGGCAGGUUCCAAAGACCCCCGAGCCUACUUCAAAACCAAGACAUGGUGGUGUGGGCUGUUCCUGCUGGUGCUGGGUGAACUGGGAGUGUUUUCCUCUUAUGCCUUUGCUCCUCUUUCACUGAUUGUGCCACUCAGUGCAGUCUCAGUUAUAGCUAGUGCAAUCAUAGGAAUUAUAUUUAUUAAAGAAAAAUGGAAGCCCAAGGAUUUUUUGAGACGUUAUGUUUUGUCCUUUGUAGGCUGUGGUUUGGCAAUUGUUGGAACUUAUCUGCUGAUAACAUUUGGACCUAACAGUCAUGAGAAGAUGACAGGAGAAAACAUCACUCGGCAUUUAGUGAGCUGGCCAUUUCUGUUGUACAUGCUUGUGGAGAUCAUUAUAUUCUGCCUGCUACUGUAUUUUUACAAGGAGAGAAAUGCAAACUACAUUGUAGUUAUUCUGUUGCUAGUAGCUUUGCUGGGUUCCAUGACUGCUGUGACAGUGAAGGCUGUGGCAGGAAUGAUUGUUGUCUCCAUCCAAGGAAACUUACAACUCGACUACCCCAUAUUUUACAUCAUGUUGGUGUGCAUGAUUGCUACAGCCAUCUUCCAAGCAACGUUUUUAGCUCAAGCCUCCCAGCUCUAUGACUCCUCUCAGAUUGCCAGCACCAGCUAUAUCCUGUCCACUACUGUAGCCAUCACAGCAGGAGCAACUUUUUAUUUGGACUUCACUGGUGAAGAUGUUCUCCAUAUAUGUAUGUUUGCACUUGGGUGCCUCAUAGCAUUUCUAGGAGUCUUCCUGAUCACAAGAAACAGGAAGAAACCUGUACCAUUCGAACCUUACAUAUCAAUGGAUGCUAUGCCAGGCAUGCAGAACAUGCAUGAUAAAGGGAUUGCAGUUCAGCCUGACCUCAAAGCUUCUUUUUCCUAUGGUGCCCUAGAGAACAAUGACAACAUGCCAGAAAUUUACACUCCAGCUACACUGCCCAUCGUGCAGGAGCAGCAUGGUUCCAAAGGAGUUUCUGCUCCACCUUACCGGGUGCUGGAGCACAGCAAGAAGGAGUGAGUGACCUUUAAGGAACUGAUUUGAAUCAGCAGAAGUAGGACCUUUAUUUAUUUCCCCAUUAAAACAUAAGCCAGUGUAAAGCCAACCUUGAUACGAUUUAAAGCUCGUCUCAAACUUCACUUUCAAGGCUGAUUAUUAAAAUAAACAACUCUCUACAGUUGAGAAGUUGAAAGAAACACUGAAUAACUCACAGUUCUCCAUUGAAAGCUGCUGCCUGGAAGCAUGAAAUGGUGAGUGCAGCAUCAUGGCAGCAUGAAAACCCUGAGAUCACAGAACUGUGGGAAGAGAAGUGACAGUGCAAUUUUCAGUCCUGCUGGGAACGAGUUUGAUCUCCAAACAGUUUUUUUUAAGAGUUGGUCGCAGAGAGAGGAGGGCAGGAUUGAAACCUUUCAUCUACAGAGACUGUGGUGGGUUUCCAGAAAUGCUUUCAAUCCUCCUGUCUCUAGUGUGACCACCAAACUACCUUAACAUGGCAAUAAAUACAAUAGUUUUCAAGCAUGAGCACUGACACUGUGUCUUUAGAGCAGCAUAAUUGAUUAGAGUUAGCAAGCUACAUUAUUCCUUCAAAAUAUGAAUCUUGGGCACUUCCUUUACAACUUUUCUCUAGCUAGUGUUGAACAUCUUCACUGAGAAUGGGAAUUGUUCUUCCAGCACCACUGGUAGCUGAGAACAAAGCUUAUUUGCUUGUUUUCUGGUUUCAUAGCAGGAGCUUCAGGUUGGAUUAAAUGGUGCAGGGGGAACACUGUUAAGUGUGAGAAGAAGAAGAAAUGAGAACUGUAAUGUGAUUGGUAGCUGGUGGAAUUUUUUGUGGUUCUUGAUGAGGUCAUAAUUCUCUGUCACUUAUUUUCUUACUGGUUAAGGCAGGAUUUCACUAACUUUGUUUAGUGGUCUUAAACACUUAAAGGUCUUGACAUUCCUUAGGUUAAAAGUUUGGUCUAAAUGGUGUAGGCUGGGAUCCCCUCCCUUUUUUUUUCUUAAAAAAGGAUACUAGUCUGACCUAAGCAAAAAAAAAAAAAAGUGUGCACAGUCCAGCACUCAGUGAGGACUGUAAGAAUAAUGGGACAUUGUGUACUUAUGAUAUUUAUCUUUCCAGCUUCCAAGAGAUGGCUUGAAGCUGAUAUGAGGGGAGAAUAGACACAAGGGAGGGGAACUUGUCAAAUGAAAAGGGCAAAGUACAACAUUUCCUGGCAUAUGCAAGUUAUGCUGGCACUUGAGAUCAUCUUCUCCAAAAGCUUUUAUUUUGCUGGGAAACAGAAUUUUAAGUCUCUUUGGUGUGUUUUGGACUGUAUGGGUAGUAGAGUGUCUCCUGAACUUUAGGAGACUUUGUUUGAGAUGAAUAGUGCUUGUGUUCUGUGCAUUUUUAAGUGGCUGCUCUGAUACCAAGGCAUUUAGGAGGAUUUGGGGACUUGUAACAGUGGCUUUUUACAUUUUUAUUUAUUUAUUUUAAAUUGACUUAGGGCCAGUUUCUGUUCCCACUACCAAAAAUUCCCAAGAACUCAAUUGAUUUGUAUAUAGUUACCCCAGGUUCUUGCUGUUAUAUAUGUCAACAGGACUGUUCUUUUGCAGAUGUUUGCUUUGCCAGCUGUGAAUAAUAAUUUAAUCUAGAAACAGCUGAGAUGGCUUUAACAUUUUUGUGCAUCUUAGAAAAAUCAGAACCUUUCCCCCUGCAAAGAGGAGAUGCCUGGUGUCUGUAUGUGGACCUAAAUGUGAAAUUUCUUCACCAAUCUGGCAUGUCUGCAAAAUCCAGAUCUUAUCAGGGGCAGCUCAUACACUGCAGCUUAUGAAACCUCAAGAAAUAACAGCUUUUCUUUUCCCCUCAAUACUUUUUGUGUUUAAGUAAGAUAACAAUGCUAAUGGGCUAAUACUGCCAGAACAUCCAUCUUGUUGGAGUUGCAGUGACACUGAUUUACUACCUUUUGGUUUUGUAUCCCUGGCAAUCAAUUGUGAAUUUAUGUGCAGCUUUUGUUCAUUAACAAUACAAACCAAAGCACUACAGGGGAGGUUGAAUGGGAAGGGUACAAGAAUGCUGGCUUGCCUUAUCUCUCCCCUUUUAAUCAGUGAGGCAGUGGCUGUUUUGACCUAUUAGCUCUGAAACUGCAGAAACAGACUGAUUUAAAACAAGCUGUGCUAACCCAUGUAUUGCUACAAAAUCCACUUCUUUCACAGCAGUAAGAAGUGUGUUUAACUAUUACAGAUGUUGCUGUAGCAUUUAAAAUCUGCCCUUGACUGACGUGCAGGCUUUAUUGCCAGGAAGUGGUUGUUCAGAGCCAUCCUGAGAAGGGCAGGGCACAGCAAACAGCAGAGUGCACCUUGAUUUCCAAGUGUGCAGCAUUAAGAGCUGAAAAAGUGUGCCCAAAACCCAACUGACUUGCUGUCUCCUUUACUGAACUGGUAGGAUAGCUCCUUGACUCUAUCUCCCAGCUUCCUUAUCAAAUGUGAACUGACAUCUGUUGCCUCCACACCAUGUGGCUUUUCAGUGCACCAGAGCACUUAAUACCUCCUGAGUGUCUCUCUUACAUGUAACUUAAUGCUGUGGAAUACAACUCCUGUGUUUGGCUGAAUGUACAAAACAAUCUGCCCACAAUGUUCUCUUGUUCACAUCAAAAUGUGUAAAUAAAUUGAGCUUUACAGGAUUGGAUCAUAAGGAAACCUGCUUAAUUUUUCAUGAGCACUGUUGCAUGUCUAUUCUAUUUGUCUUUUAGGGUAAGACCUUUGGAAAUGAAACUGAAUAAAACAUUUUGGUAA